AUGGUGUGGACUGGUCGUAUGGAGGUCGGUGGUGGGGUGCUAGUGGACCUGGAGCCUGUAGCGUGGGACCUGGUGCUACUGACAUUGGUGCUGGUGUCACUGGAACUAGUGAUGUUGCAGCUGGUGGUGCUACAGCCAGUGAUGCUGGAGCUGGUAGGGCGUUGGAUCCUGAGGAGUAAGUUUGCCGCUCGGCUGCGCACGGACCUGCGCUUGCAACUGUGGCUGCUGUGUCUGGCCGGCGCGUGGGCGCCGCGCCGAGGGGCAUCGUCGACGUCGGCGUCGUCGCAGCUGUACAGCGCCUACUCCGGCUGCGUCGUGGUGAUCCUGCUGCUGUUCGUGGCCAGCCUGCUGCUCGCCAUGGUCCACUACUGGGGGCACAUGCUGGGCGUCACCAUGAACGCCUGCCUCAUGUUCGUCUACCUCAUGAACGUCGUCAAGAUCAUCGCACUCCUAAAGAUGCAGCCCUCUGCUGAGAAGCUCAUCACAGAGCUCGACAGAUGCAUGCAGGAGUACGGUCGGGCUCUGGGGGCGGAUAAGGCGGCCGUGUUCCAGUGGACGGCGCUGAAGAGCCGCAUCGUGUCGGUGGCACGGAUCCUGGUGGCGCUGAGCGGCUGCCUCUACUGGGCGGUCGUGCCUGCCGCGCGCACGCACGCCUGCGGGGGCACUGUGCAGUGCCGCGACAGCGUGGGGCUGCCCGCGCACGUCUGGUACCCCUUCUCCUUCACGCAGACCCCCGUAUACGAGGUGGUGUACACGCUGGUGGCUGGUGGCCUGUUGUGUGGAGCGCUCAUCUCGUGCAUCGUGGACGCUUUCUUCGUGUCGCUCAUCAUCUACCAGGCGGCGCACCUGCAGCUGCUCAACCUCAUGCUGGUCAACGUGUGUGGCCCUCAAGGCGAAGCAGAGCCCGGGCUGGCGGCCAGCCACGACCAGAAGCGAAGAGAAGCGGCCGAGUCUGCAGACGUGGAGGGCGAGAUGAGGCGCCGGCUGGCCGAGUGCGUCUGCUACCACUGCGACAUCGACAGCUGCGUGCAGCAUCUGAGCUCCCUGCUGGGGCCAAUCAUUCUGGGACAGUUCCUCAUGGACAUGGUCACCAUCAGUGCCACCGCAUUCGUCGCCAUAGCUAACAACGCAGACUCCAACUGGCUGGUGAAGUACAUGUCCUACCUAUCUUCCGUAAUUCAGCAGCUGCUGCUGUACUGCUGGUUUGGAACAGACAUCAUAACGCAGAGCGAGCGCCUGCAGAUGUCUGCGUACAGCAGUGACUGGGUGGUGGCGACUCCGCGCUUUGGCAGGGAGCUGCGGAUCUUCCUGUGCCGCGCCCACCGCCCCCUGCGACUCACCGCUAGCAAGUUCUACACCAUCUCCAGGGACACCUUCCUUCUGCUGAUGAACGCCUCAUUGUCAUACUUCGCGGUACUGAGGGAGAUCAGCAACAAGUGA